AUGUCAGCAGCAAAUAUUGCGUCAUCUCAAGCGGACACGCCCUGGGAACCCUCACCCCAUCCCCAAGCAGAACCUGGGCUCCCUCCUCAGGCGGGUCAGCAGCUUGCCCAGCAGUUGCAGCUGCAGACGCAAGAGUGUCUGGAGCAGAGGUACAGCCAGAUGCGUAGUCGGGUCAGCCUAGACACUGUGGACUGUGGGAGCUCCAUGGUGGGACCUGGUGCCAUCCUCCACCUCCAGGACGGCAACUGGAGGGUCCCCACAGUGGACAGCCUGUGUCCCCCAAGCUGGUGUGAAGAGAGCAGCGCGUCUCUCCUCAAUAUGACCACAGAGAUCACCUACGCUGAAGUGAGAUUCAAAAACGGAGCCCAGUCCUCGGACACCCCAUCACAGGCACCUGCAGCUACCAAAGAGGAGACCAGCCCUACCCAAAGUAACACUGGUUGCCUCAAACUACUACUUGCCGUAUUGUUGAUUCUUCUGCUGCUGACAAUCUCAUUUUUAAUCGCCUCUAUUAUUUUUUUCCAAAAAUAUUCUAACCUUGUUCAAGAGGAAAAGUUUACACAAGAAUUGACUCACACAGAGUUGGACUGUAAGAAAGAAAAGUUGACCCUGAACGGGAAAUCUUGGAGCUGCUGCCCGAAGAAUUGGAAGUCAUUUGAUUCAAGUUGCUACUUUAUUUCUUCUGAGAUAAGAAAUUGGACUGACAGUGAGAAGCACUGUGCAGAGAUGCGGGCGCAUCUGCUGGUGGUCGACAGCAAGGAGGAGCAGGACUUUAUUAUCAAAAAAUUGAAAAUGAAUCAGCAUUAUUAUUUGGGGCUGUCAGAUCUGAAGAAUGAGCACGUCUGGGAAUGGGUUAAUGAGACACCAUACAAUCAAAGUGCCACGUUCUGGCACAAAGAUGAACCCAGUGUUAACAAUGAACAUUGUGUUGUGUUAGAUUCUCAUUCCAUACGGCGCCAAUGGGGCUGGAAUAAUAUCCCUUGUUAUAAUUCUCAUCAAUCAAUUUGUGAGAUGUUGAAGAUCUACUUAUGA